AUGUAUCCAAAGGAUAGGGCCCUGGUCGAAUUCGCGUUUUGGUCCGGCUUCGUCGGGUUAGAGAUACUCCUUCUGGUUGUUGUGGCGAGGUACUUUCGUCGGAAUCCGACCCUCUCGCUGUGUGGCUUGGUCGUUGUUGGGCUUACGGUGGUAGGGUGGUGGGUUUCGGUCUUCUCUGAACUGAGAUCGGGAGGGUGGAGAUGUUGGGGUUGUAGUGGGCUCGGGUUAUGA